AUGUUUAAUCCUAAGACCUUCUUAGCUUAUAGCUCACCACGUGAGAAUUAUCCAGGGCUAAAUGACGUUUCAACUCAACUCCUCGAUAUCUACGUUGUCGGCACCAACUGCUAUGGUGAACUUGGGUUGGGAAGUCUAACGAAGAAGUCCGAACUAUCACGCCCAGUACUGAAUUCAAAGCUGGAUGUUUUAUCUACUGGAGUCAUCUAUAUCGCGGUGGGGGGUGUACAUUCUGCUGCUCUGACUCAUGAUAAUCGAAUCCUUACAUGGGGUGUUAAUGAUGAGGGGGCUCUAGGGAGAGAUACCAAACAGGAUGACAACGAUGAUACUCAAAACGGAGGAAACAGCUCAGAUGAAGAAAGCGACGAAGAUGAAGUCGAUCUCAAUCUUAAAGAAGCCACCCCACUCCCUGUUGAUUCUUCUUUUUUCCCCAGUGGGACUGUCUUCACACAACUUGCUGCUUCGGAUAGUGCUACUUUUGGCCUAACAACAGAAGGCCUGGUAUAUGGCUGGGGAACGUUCCGGGGAGAAAAUGGAGGAAUAGGCUUUUCGCCCAAAGGCAAGGAAGAGCAACGAACGCCUAUCCUUAUCCCUGCUAUCAAGGAUAUAAUCAGCAUUGUCGCCGGCGCACAGCAUAUUCUCGCAUUAUCCUCAAACGGCUCCGUGUUCGGUUGGGGCUGUGAUGAGCAAAACCAACUUGGAAGACGCCGAGCAACCCGCCACAACGCAAAAUCCCACCAUCUCAUACCAGACCUCUGUGCUGUUCCAUCCGGAAUCCGAACAAUCGGAGUAGGGCUGUACCAUUCCUUCGCAAUCCACAAAACCGGCACCGUAUAUGGAUGGGGCUCCAACAAUUUUGGACAAACAGGCGUUUCAAGUGCAGCUGGUCUACGCGACGCUAUUGUAGCCUAUCCCGAUAAAGUCCCUGGUCUCCAAACGCAUGGUACUAUUACCUCCGUGUUUGGCGGCAAAGAUCACAGCAUUGCUCUCACUGAGACGGGGAAGUGUCUUGUCUGGGGCCGAAUCGAUAAUAAGGCACUUGGUAUCCCGCUCGAAGAAAUGUCUAAGUCAUAUGUGAUCUACGAUGAGUAUGGUAGACCACGAAUUCUGAAAGAACCUUAUCUUCUGUCGGGAUUUGGUGAGGAUCCGGUGGACUUUGCUACUGCGGGUAGUGAUCAUUCUUUUGUGAUUACGAGAUCUGGGAAGGCCUAUAGCUGGGGCUUUAAUACGCAGAGUCAAGCUGGUCAGCCUGGUAUUGAUGAGGUUGAGAAGCCUACGCUUGUUAAGAGUAAGUAUGUUGAUGGCAAGAAAUUGGUUGCUGCUGCUGGUGGUGGCCAGUUUAGUAUCAUUGUUGGGGUGAGUGAUCACUCGCGUAAAAAGAAGAGUUCUAAAAAAUGA